AUGUCGAGCUGGAUAUUCCUGACGCUUGGCAAUGGGCUCAUCCUCGUGCGCCACCUUCUCAAACUCCAAGACAGCGCUCUGAAGGGUUUGAGGGAUUGGGGCUAUGUUUUCUGGGAUUUGGAUAGACUUCAUGUGUCUGGUAUACUCGAGAGAAGUCGAGAUGAUGUCCGAAGAAUCAAAUUCAACGAGUUCCAAGCGGCAAAUGGCCCAAGUGUUCAACAGCGGCUGCUUGGACCACCUGAUUCUUUUUCCUCUACUGAAGAGGAUCGCGACUUCUCAUAA